AUGAGUUAUAAUAACGGCUACCAGCAACAGCAAGGUUAUAACCAAGGAGGUGGUUAUAACCAGCAGCAAGGCUAUUCUCAACAAGGCUAUCAACAGGGCUAUCAACAAGGAUCUUCUCAACAGGGCUAUCAGCAAGGUUAUCAACAAGGAUACAAUCAAGGAAAUUCUGGAGGUUAUAAUCAAGGAGGCCCUGGUGGCUAUAAUAGACCUCCUUCUGGACCUCCCGGUGGUUACAAUCGGCCACCAGGACCUCCUCCACCAGGGCCUCCUGGUGGUUACAAUAUGCCACCAGGACCCCCUCCACCGGGGCCUCCCGGUGGUUACAACCGGCCACCAGGACCUCCCCCACCAGGACCUCCCGGUGGCUACAACCAAGGUGGUCCAAAUCAGCAAGAUCGCGGGUACGGUGGCAAUGGAGGUGUUAACUAUUACAUGCUUUUAAAGCAAGCAGUACAACAAAAUGAGCUUGGUGCAUUCUAUGGGGACCAACAAUUACAACAAAUUGCACAAACAUUACCUCAAAAGAUUCAACAAGUUUCACAACGUUGGAAGAUUCCUAUGAGCAUUGCAAAUGAUCUUGCUCGACUGGCUCUUUACGACAUUGUUUUAUAUUUAGACGACAGUGGAUCAAUGCGUUUUGAUGAAGGUGGAGAACGUAUUGAGGAUCUCAAGGUGAUUGUAUCGCGCACAGCAUUUGUGGGCAGUCUGUUUGACCAUAAUGGUAUUCAGGUGCGCUUUAUGAAUAGUGAUUACAAGGCAGAUGGAGUUCGGGAUGACCGACAAGUGUUUCAAAUGAUCAGUAAAAUAAAGUUUGAUGGCAUUACUCCACUAGGCACGUCGCUCAAGUCAAAGGUUCUUGAUCCUCUGGUAUUGGGUCCUGCUAAACACAAUGCACUGCUAAAACCAGUAUUGAUUAUAACAGUUACAGAUGGUGAACCAACUGGUGAGAGCGCAAACAAGGUGUUUAAGGUAAUUGAAACGACUAAGAAGGAGUUUUUAAAGUCUCGUUAUCGUCCUGGCGCUUGUGCAUUCCAAUUUGCUCAAGUUGGCAAUGACAUGAAAGCUCGAGCAUUUUUGGAAAAGCUAGAUACUGAUCCUACUGUGGGGAAACUUGUUGACUGCACAAGUAACUUUGAAAUUGAACAGCAGGAGAUGGCCCGAGCUGGUGUGCAGCUUGACCCAUCUACAUGGCUGGUAAAGAUGCUUUUAGGGUCAAUUGAUCCUAGCUACGAUACAAAGGACGAAAAAAGACGGUGA